GGAUGGAUGGAGAACCUUUGGUGAGCGGCAGGUUUGAGACAGGGGUCUGUGGGCUCAGAUGACAGACUAGGGGUAUGUGUGUAUGUGUGUGUGCGGGGGUAGAGUCUACCUGGGGUAGAAAGGCAAGAGCUGGGCCUGCUCUUCCCAGGCUGGCUAGCAGUACCCAGCUCUGCCAUCUCUGAGCUGGCCAUUGCUGCAGUGUGAGCCUCAGAGGGAGCUGCUUGGGGUCAGCCAGGUGGGGGCGAGUUUGUGUUUCCGAGCAAGCGAUAAAUCUGAAGUAGCUGGAAAGAGCCACACACAGAGAGAGAUAGGAGGACCCAAAGACCCAGGGACCAACCCCCUACUCCCCCAGAGGGCUUGCUCCGCCAUGGAUUGUAGCUGCGUCUCAGACCUUCUCUUCACCCCGCCUGCCCUGCCGGCUCUCUGGACCCCUGGGUUUGCCUUCCCAGAUUGGGCCUACAAGCCGGAGUCGUCCCCUGGCUCGAGGCAGAUCCAGCUGUGGCACUUUAUCCUGGAGCUGCUGCAGAAGGAGGAGUACCAGGGCGUCAUUGCCUGGCAGGGAGACUACGGGGAAUUUGUCAUCAAGGACCCCGAUGAGGUGGCCCGCCUCUGGGGCAUCCGCAAGUGCAAGCCCCACAUGAAUUAUGACAAGCUGAGCCGGGCCCUGCGUUACUACUACAACAAGCGUAUUCUCCACAAGACCAAAGGGAAAAGGUUCACCUACAAAUUCAACUUCAGCAAAGUUGUGCUUGUCAAUUACCCACUGCUGGAUAUGGCUGCUGCUGCCACGGGCUCCCCACUCUUGUUGACCCCUGGUCCUUUUGGCGGGGCGCCUGGGCCAGAUGCUCCACCCUUGACUCCUGAGACCCUGCAGAACCUGUUCUCUGCCCCACGCCUGGGAGAACCAGGGGGUCGGACACCCCUAUUUGCCCCAGAGACAGACAAACUACGCUUGGACAGCCCCUUCCCAUUCUUGGGUUCUGGUGCCACCGGCUACUCCAAGCCUCCUGGUCUGUUGGGUCCUUAUGGCCGCGCCUUCCCUGAGUACCCCUGGAACUUUAACCCAUACCUCACGGGCCCCUUCCCCAAGUUGCCCCCCUCUCUCUACCCACCUCAUUUCUACCCUAACCCUUUGGGUUCCUUGGGCCACUUGCCCUCUGCAGGAGCAGGGGGAGGUCCCAUGGCUGCACCCCUGCUUGCUGCAACAGGGGAGGGCCUGGGCCCUGAGCGCCCCUCAGGGCUGGCAGUGGCCCCUCGUCUGGCACUGCCGGGGGCUGGAGGUCCAGAGGCCUCCCUGGGUGGGAAGGAGGACAGCGACUCUGAGCUGGAGAUCACCGACGUCAGUGGUUGCAGCUCUGACAGUGAAGGCGACGAGGGUUUACCUGUGUCCCCCAAGACCAAGUCAGGCAAAGCAGGGAAUGGCAGCUGAGUAGGUGGAGGGUGGAUUCCGCUGGUGACCAGGGCAGUCUGGUCUGCCCUUACUACCAGCCCAAGGUCCAGGACCAGCCCAUGACAUCCUCCCGGCCAUCUCCUCCAACCCUGAGUGGAGGUCACCCCUUCUCCAUAGAGUGGAAAGGGAUAUGAUGGCCUCCAGUCUCUCCCCAGGUCCCAUGUGAAGGAGAGAGCCACCUGGUCCCACUCUCGAAGUGCAAUAUGGCGCCCAGCCUCCCCUGACCUCUUAUGUGCUGUGACCUGCGUGUUUGUGUGGCGGUGUCCCUAAUCCAAUGCUGGCCCCCUCUCUUGAAAUCCUCCUACACAGGCCCCCUUGGGGACAGGGAGCUCAGAGCAAUAACCCCGCCCCCAGCCCCCACCCAGGAGGGGCUCCUUCCCCACUGACUCCCCUUGAAAUCCCACAGUCUCUUCCAGAGUUUACUACAAAAAUAAAAGAACAAGAGUGUGAGAUGUGGGCUACCUGGCA